UCCCUCUUGAAGAACAGAGGUAUCGGGCCUGUAGCUUCUAUCACUAACGGUUUUGUUUACAAUACAUUCAAGCAUCACGAAACGAAGUUUUGAUGACGUUUUUCCUACGUACACAACUAAUAUUCUUCGUAUAGUUCUGUACGCCGUUUCAGUAGUUCACGAUCUUUCGUGCAACGUGUACAGUUGCAACGCAUGUGGGUAACUGCUCUGGGACAAUUGGCGUUCUAACGCUUCCGCAAGUAAUAGGAAACAAAAAAAUCAUAUUGCAUUGGUAAAACCCAUGUAAGUUGUUUAUUGUUGAACUACUCUAUAGCAGGUUGGGACAAUUAAGCUAGUUCCACCAUCUUCUGUUGCAGUUUUACAAUUUUCUAAGCCACACUAACCAUCCAUAGGUGUUUCACUAGUUCAGAAUAUUUUUGAAAUGGAUAAUAUUUCUUUAAAUGGACAGCUUGAGUUGAGACAGUCCCGCAGCGGACGAUUACUAAUCCCAAGACUAAGGACAUGGACAGGUGAAAGAGCCAUUGUAAACAAAAAAGGCGCUUUGGAAAUCUUGGAGGGUAAUACAGAUUACACAUCAACAUUCCUGUCUGAACGUUCACUUUUGAAGGGCUCACCAUCAAAAAAAAAUUCUCAUAUUUCAUUCAGUAAGCCAGUUCUUCCUCGAACAAAGUUGGUCAAGGCCCUCAGUGAAUGUGUUUCCGACAAAGAAGGGAAAAUAAAGAGCAAGAAGAAUGUGAAAGGCCAAACAAAGGCGUCACUAAAGAAGAAUUUACAGCAGAGAAAAAAGAGCCCAGAAAAAUGCAGAUCUUUGCGAAACACCGUUUCUUCGUCUAAUAAAAUCUCGCCACUAAAGAACGAUAAACAAAAAAAAACUAUCUCGGCGACCAAAGUAAGAACUCCAUCUCCGCGCAAGAACCUAAGGAAGCAACAGUCGCAACCACAAGUAGAAGAAGUUGAUAUUUUUGGACCAGAAUUUCAGCCUACCGUCCACUUAGUUCGUCUUUUACCUGAAGAAAUAUUAUCACUCACAGAAAAAGAAGAUCAAAAUCUAGGAAAAAACAGCCCACUAAAAUCCAUUCCACUGUCCAAAAACAAAAAAGCGACCAAUGGCCAUAAAAAGAAAAAAGUAAAGCAAGUCGUGCAAAUAAAUCUAGUAGAUUUAAAUAGUAGUAGAAGUCGAAGAUCAUCCAACCGGCACCGACCUCACACUGUGCGAGAAACUCAAAAGAUUUUGAGCGUCUUGAACCGUUCUAAAACUGAAGAAGAAUUGGAAGACGAGGCCAUGAGUACUGCAGCAUUUUUUGGCCAUUCGCCAAAUAGGCCAGCAAUGAAACUACUGGAUGAGGCCGUUGAAACGCUAAGAGAUGAUUUCGAGAGCGAUGAUAACUUGAGUAUCAGAGCCGUAUCAGAGAGGGAAUCGAGCCCAAUGUCUUCAGCUGUUUCACCUAUUGGGUCCUUCCACGAGACAGACGCUGAGAUAUCAGGACGAGAAGAUGGUUUGCUUGCAGUAUCCCCUGCCAUAGGAAAUACCUCAGAGUUUCAAAGAGCUAGAUUGUUGCAUAGGACAUUGAAAGACAAGGCCAAACUGUUGAGAAAAGCACAAACUCAUAGGAGGAAAAACCUUUCAUUGGACUUAUCUACUAAACCAGUGAACGCUACUCCGAGCUCAUCUCAAUUAUUUAAACCACGAAGGAUGCGAGCUCUAGAGAAAGAUUUGAAGGAGAAAACGUUAUCUCGUGGAAAGUGGGAUUAUUCGACUUACUAUCGUGGGAAUUUACUCCAUGUUACCAUCAACUCUGACUCUGAUACUGAUAGUACAGUAGAUUCCUUGGAUGAACUUUAGUCUCCACCACCCAUUCCUAAAUCGUCGUGCUUACACAUCCCAGGUAAUCCACCAAUACAAUGUUCCAUUAAUUUUCAAGAUUUUAUCAUUGGGUGGUGUUUUAUGUCUGUUGUAUUUUGUGUAACUUAAUGCAAUGCGUUUUUACGAAUUUUUCAGAUGCAAUGUGUUCUUGUUACCAGACUUUUUCCUUUUCAAGUUUGACUUGCAAUGUUUAAAAGUAAGAAAAAAAAAAUCAUGGAAUAUAGUUUGGACAUUGCCAGUUAUAA